AAAGAACGCCCAACCAUGGCUGAGGUUGUCUUUAAGCUGGAGUCUGUUCUGUCACAAGAAAGGGAAAGCAGCGAUUCUAUCGUAAUGAAGAAAGGUUCAUUUACAUGGUAAGGGCUUUUUUUACAGGCAAAGUUGACAUUAUGUCGGAUGGUGCGGUAGGAAGCAAAUCUAUGAAGCAGGAUGGUAAAGUUGUUAGCAAAUCUGAUUUUAGUGCUCACCAUAUCAGAAAAUUCGCAUACAAUGAGUUGGUAAGUGCAACAAAUAAUUUCAAAGACAUGGAGCAUUGUCCAACUUCUUAUACAUCCAUUUACAAAGGUUGGGUUGAUGAAAAGUCAUAUGCACCAACAAAAUGUGGUAUUGGUUUGGCGAUAUAUGUUAGGGAGGAGGAUAUUCUAACCUGGAAAUGGAAGUUGGACUUGAAACUAUUAGAAUUCAGUCAUCCCAAUAUUACCAGACUCUUGGGAUAUUGCUUGGCUAAUGUAACUAUGUUUUGGGUAUAUGAGCUGAUUCCAGGGAUAUGGUUAGAUGAUCAUCUAUUCAAAGCACCAGAUAGAACUCCACUUUCUUGGGCUGCACGAUUGAAAAUAGCACAAGGAGCAGCACAAGGCCUGUCUUUCUUCCAUCAGAGGAAUCGUCCAGCGUAUAACAAUUUUGAGGGCAAUCAUAUUUUGGUGGACAGGGAUUUUAAUGCUUGGCUUUCCGAUUAUGAAAUAGACAAUUUACUUGCCCCGCGUGACUUCUCUACAUUCGAAAGAGACAAAUUGGAUGGUCUUUUUGGCCCUGUGCGUGGAGAUGAGUGAGAUCUAUGCUUUUGGAGUGGUAUUGCUGAAAAUGCUAACUGGGAUGAAGGAGUAUGAUGAAAGGAUACCCCUCGAACAGAAAAAUUUGAUGGAAUGGGCUACUUCAUUGCUAACAAAUAAGGUAAAUUUAGGAACAAUUAUGGACCCACAACUUCAGCAUAAUAAUCAUCUUGCAAAGGGAGCCUUCGAGUUGGCUCAACUUGUUUCAAAGUGUCUUCAACCAACUCGUGACAAAAAUUUGUCAAUUGAAGAAAUCUCGCAAGUCUUGUAUUAAUGCUAUCAAAAUGAAAUCAUAUCGGGUUGACUCUGAAAUAUCAAAUACAAUUGUUCUUAUGUAAAUAAAAUAAUACAAUUAUUCUUAGGUAAAUAAAUAUAAGAAAGUAAAAUGUAC